UCCCCACACAAACAAAAACCUUCCAUCUUGCAGAGUCAUCAAUCUCUCAUUUUCUCUGUCUCUCUUGAUAAAAAUCGCAUCGAAAGCUUCAAACUGCUCUCUUGGUUACUGAAAUUUUCUGGGUUUUUUUUUUUCUGUGAAUUGCAUGCCAUUCUGCUAGUCUGUUGGUUGUACUGCUGUUACAGAUCAUGUAACAGAAGGUUUUGUGGUCUAUUUUUGUUGGGUGUUAGGUGUUUGAAGAAAGGUCUUGUUUGAAUCAUGUAAAUUUGGAGUUGUUCGUCUAUGCCCAUUUUGUUUGGAUUUCGAGGAUUUUGAUUCGGUUUGAGAAAUGCCCAUUUGCUUAAAACUGUACUAGACGGUACGGGAAUCGGUUUUGAGUCAUGGGUUUUCGCUAAUUUCAUGGUUUUUGAUCUGUCGUCAGUCGUUGUAUGACCGUCUCGUUUGGAUUUUAAGGAUUUGGAUUCUGUUUGGGAAUGCCUGUUUGCUGUAAACUGUUAUAGACCAUCUUAAAACGGUUUAUAGUCAUGGGUUUUCGUUAAUUCCGCGGUAUUCGGUCGGAAGGUCUCUGUAUGCUGAUUUUGUUUGGAUUUCAAGGAUUUUGGUUCGGUUUGGGAGAUGCCCAUUUGCUUUGAGUUGCUCUAGACUAUCUUAAAUCAAUUUACAGAGAUGGAUUCUCGCUAAGUCUGUGGAAUCUGAUCCAUAGGCGGUUGUAAUAGAGUCUUGAGUAGGAUUCUCUGUGAGUUGUAAUAUGUAAGGAAAGGAAGACCAUGUAAUCAGUUUCUUGUAUUCUUAUGCAUUGCUGUUCUAUUCUGGGGAGAUUGGAUUUGGGUUGUUGUUGAAAGAGGGGUUGGAUGGAUCUGAAGUCUGUUAAGGUCAUUCUUCGUUAGUCGGAAUCUGAUCAGAUGGAGAGUGUUCGUUAAUUGUGUUAACUACAAUUACUGAAAAUUUCAUGAACAUUGGCCUUUAGCUUUGCUGAUUUUUCCAGUCAUGGAAUUCAAGUAGGAAAGAUAAUCCAAUUCAUUCUUUUCUACUUUUCGUUCAUUUCCAGUCGAUUCUUUCUUGUGCCUAUAAAAACACGGAAAUCAUUCUUUAUAUUCUUUGAGAUGUAGUAUUCCAAACUGUAUAGAUUGAUUCAUGGACCACUUCAAGGCCUUUGCUUAUUCGAUGAAAAUAAUGUAUAGGACUUUUCUGUUUCUUCGUAAUUCUUUGAUGAUCAAGGUUUCGUCUGCUCAUAGCCUUUCCGUAUUAUCAUAGAUGAUGCAAGAUUAGGUGUCUCAAAGACCUCUCAAGCUCCGUAAAUCAGUGUUUAAGCUAGUGUUUUUGUGUCUACAGUCUAUUUUCUUUGUUUUUUGUUUUUCUAAUUCUUAAGGUAACCAAAAACGUUAUUCAACAUCCUUGUCGUAAACACAAGUGAGUCAUGUUGGAGGAGACGUUUGUGCCAUUUCGUGGAAUUAAGAAUGAUCUGCAAGGAAGGUUACUUUGCUACAAACAAGAUUGGGCCAGUGGUUUCUGCGCGGGUUUCAGGAUCCUUGCUCCAACGACAUAUAUAUUCUUCGCCUCUGCAAUUCCAGUCAUAUCAUUCGGAGAGCAACUGGAAAGAAACACAAAUGGGACUAUAACUGCAGUCCAAACACUCGCUUCUACAGCCUUAUGCGGGAUCAUACACUCGAUCAUCGGAGGACAGCCACUGCUUAUACUUGGGGUUGCAGAACCAACAGUACUUAUGUACACUUUCAUGUUUGACUUUGCCAAGGAUCGAGAAGAUUUGGGUCAGAAGCGGUUCUUGGCAUGGACUGGAUGGGUUUGCGUUUGGACGGCAUUCCUGCUGUUCUUGUUGGCUAUAUUGGGCGCAUGCUCCAUUAUCAAUAGAUUUACACGAAUCGCCGGCGAACUGUUCGGUCUGCUUAUUGCAAUGCUCUUCAUGCAACAAGCUAUUCGUGGACUCGUCGACGAGUUCGGCAUACCAGAGCGAGAAAAUCCUAAACAGACAGCACUGCUACCAUCGUGGCGCUUUGGAAAUGGAAUGUUCGCAUUGGUUUUGUCCUUUGCUCUUCUCCUCACCGCAUUGAGGAGCCGCAAAGCACGAUCAUGGCGCUAUGGUACAGGCUGGCUACGUGGAUUCAUCGCAGAUUAUGGGGUACCAGUGAUGGUAGUUGUGUGGACUGCCGUAUCUUAUAUACCUGUUAAUGAUGUUCCAAAAGGGAUUCCGAGGCGACUUUUCAGCCCAAAUCCGUGGUCUUCUGGUGCUUACUCGAAUUGGACGGUCAUCAAGGACAUGGGGAAUGUUCCUCUGUUAUAUAUCAUUGGGGCAUUUAUUCCAGCCACCAUGAUUGCAGUGCUGUAUUACUUUGAUCAUAGUGUUGCAUCACAGCUUGCUCAGCCGCAGGAGUUUAAUUUGAAGAAGCCACCUUCCUUCCAUUAUGACCUUCUUCUUUUGGGUUUCCUGGUUAUUUUGUGUGGCCUUGUUGGCAUCCCUCCUUCAAAUGGCGUUAUUCCGCAAUCCCCAAUGCAUACAAAAAGCUUGGCUACCUUGAAACACCAGCUAUUGCGCCAUAAGCUUGUAGCAACAGCACGCAAAAGCAUCAGUAAAAAUUCAAGCUUGGGUCAGUUGUAUGGAAGCAUGCAAGAAGCAUAUAAUCAAAUGCAGACUCCAUUGGUUUACCAGACUCCAUCCGCUCUGGGACUGAAAGAUUUGAAAGAAUCAACGAUCCAACUGGCUUCGACUACUGGCAACAUAGAUGCUCCUGUCGAUGAGUCUGUGUUUGAUGUGGAGAAGGAUAUCGACGAUCUCCUACCAGUUGAGGUCAAAGAACAACGCCUCAGCAAUUUGCUUCAGUCUGUGAUGGUUGGUGGCUGUGUUGCAGCUAUGCCUCUUCUGAAGAAGAUCCCGACCUCCGUCCUUUGGGGCUAUUUCGCCUUCAUGGCAAUCGAAAGCUUGCCGGGCAAUCAGUGCUGGGAGAGGAUUUUGCUGCUUUUCACUGCUCCAAGUCGUAGAUACAAAGUGUUGGAGAAGUGUCACGCAACAUUUGUCGAGACGGUGCCUUUUAAGGCGAUCGCAACCUUCACCAUAUUUCAGACAGCUUACUUGCUUGUAUGUUUCGGCAUAACAUGGAUUCCAAUAGCUGGGGUUCUCUUCCCAUUGCUGAUCAUGCUCCUGGUCCCAGUACGACAGUAUGUGCUCCCAAAAUUCUUCAAAGCGGAUCAUCUCCAAGACUUGGAUGCUGCGGAAUAUGAAGAAGCACCAGCUUUGCCAUACAACAUCACAAUUAAUGAAGGAGGCCCAAAUGCAAGUGGGAUGCGAACAAGAAGUGGUCAUAGAGACAGUGGUGAAAUCCUAGACGAGAUUAUCACCCGAAGCCGAGGUGAGAUCCGGCACACAUACAGUCCAAAGGUAACUAGUUCGAUUCCAGGAGAUGAUUCAAAAAACGUGGCUAGCCCACAGAUUUCGGAGAGGGCAUACAGCCCCCGUGUGAGUGAGCUGAGGACAGGACAAAGUCCAAAGUUUGGCGGGAAGGGCCUGAUAUCAAAGGAAACUCCCAGCCCUCGAGCGUCAACACUCGGACAAAGCUCGCAUGGUUCAACACCUGGUUAAUGUCUUUAGACUAAGUCCAUGUCAGUUAGUGGUGUCCUUUGAGGGGUCUUGUAUUUUUAGUCAGGUCUGUUAUGAACUUUUCAGGUAAUGUUGUGGGUAUGGUGUUUUCGGUUCCUGUUUCUAACCUUUUGUUGAUGGUGUAGGCUGUUUAUGUUGUCACGUUUUCUUGCAUCUCUCGAUAGGCUGGGCAGAGAAGCCUAACAAUGAUAUUGUAAUGAAAAUAAUUCAAGCUUGGAAUGUAUCAUAUUCUCAUUCCUGGUGGAAAA